GUUACUGAUAAACGGGGAUGAGAAAAAUCAAAAUGAGAAAAUAUGAAAUGGCAUUUAACUUCUUCUGGGCAGACAAAAAGACAACCAAGAACGAAAAAAACAAAUAAAAAUCUAAGGGAAAUUCCCCAAAAUCAUGAGCUGAAAUGAUAUGUUCCUAACCAGUAAGUUCCGGGAAUCAUAUAAAAGAACUUACAAUUUUCAUUUAUGAUCAGCAAGUAAGCAUAUCAAAAGGGCAGGAAAAUCACAUCAGAAGAGAUGGACUUGGGAGUCUGUAAUGGCGAAAAUAACAAGAAGACGAAGAAGCCAAAGGCGGUGGUGGUGGGUGGAAGCAUAGCCGGUAUAUCUUCUGCACAUGCUCUGAUUGAAGCAGGGUGGGAUGUGGUGGUGCUGGAGAAAUCUUGUGCUCCUCCGACCGGCAGCCUCACCGGAGCUGGCCUUGGGCUUGAUCCUUUAUCACAGAAAAUCAUUCAGGCCUGGCUCAAGCAACCUCAACUUCUCCACCAUUCCACCUUGCCACUGACCAUAGACCAAGUAUGUUGUUAAUUGAUUCCAUCACUUCAUAGUUUGCAGCUCAAUUGUUUGACAAAAAGAAGUUUAUGUCAAGCUCAAUGAUUUUCUUAGUACUCUGUACUUCCUCUGUUCCGAAGUGAUUGUCCAGUUUGGAUUUUUACUUUUUAGUGUAAAUUCAAACUGGAAUGUAAUAGCUACUUGGGAGUAUUAACAAUAACCUUCUUCUGUAAUCAUUUGGUGAGGACUGAUAAAUUUGGGUUCUGAAUGUUUGUUCUCUUUCUCUUGCUGGUAUCUUUACAGAAUCAAGCAACAGAUGCUGAGAAGAAAAUCAGCUGGACACUGACAAGGGAUUCUAACUUUAAUUUUCGAGCGGCACACUGGGCUGAUCUAUAUAGGAUCCUGCAUAAUUCACUGCCGUCUGAUAUUGUUCUAUGGGGGCACUUUUUCCUCUCAUUUGGAGUUUCCAAUGACAAAGCUAGUGUCUUUGUUAAAUGUAGAGUGCUUGAAAGUGGUAACACAGUAGAUAUUGUUGGUGAUUUGCUCAUUGCUGCUGACGGCUGUCUUUCUAACAUCCGCAAGGCUUUCCUUCCUGAUUUUAUGCUGAGAUAUUCAGGUUACUGUGCCUGGCGGGGUGUUCUUGAUUUUUCAAGUGAUGAGCAUGAUGCAUCCAUUAGAGAUCUCAAGAAAGCGUAUCCGGAUCUUGGGAAAUGUUUAUAUUUUGACCUUAGUUCAGGAUCGCACAGUGUGUUUUAUGAGCUGUUACACAAUCGGAUGAAUUGGAUUUGGUAUGUUAAUCAGCCGGAACCUGAAGUUAAGGGAAACUCUGUGACUAUGAAAGUUAGCAGUGAUAUGAUUCGAAGGAUGCACGAAGAAGCAGAAAAAGUUUGGAGCCCAGAGUUAGCAAGGAUCAUGAAGGAAACAAGGGAACCAUUCCUAAAUGUGAUCUAUGAUGCUGACCCUCUGAAACAACUUUUCUGGGACAAUGUUGUUCUAAUUGGAGAUGCAGCUCAUCCUACAACCCCCCACGGUCUCAGAAGCACAAACAUGUCAAUACUGGAUGCUGCUGUUCUAGGCAAAUGCCUUCAGAAAUGGGGGUUAGAAAAUCUGCAUUCAGCUCUGGAAGAGUACCAGUCAAUUCGGCUCCCAGUUGUGUCAAAACAAGUUUUACACUCGAGGCGACUAGGCCGCAUCAAACAAGGACUUAAUCUUGCUGAUCGCCAACCUUUUGAUCCAACGACAGCGGAUCCAGAAGAAUGUGAAGAACUUCAACAAAAGAAUAUGCCUUUCUUCACUGAUGUUCCCUCAACAUUAAGGGAUGGACAACUGUUUAGUGCGAGGGUGACCGAGUGAGCUUCUUCGACGUGUAUACAAUAUUGAUAAGUCUGCAUAAUGUAUAUGGAGUAGACAUGGAAUAGAACAUUUUGUCUUUGGUCAAUCAUUUAAAUUAAAUACUCCCUCCGUCCCAUAUUUAUUGUCCACUUUGUCCAAAAAAUUUUGUCCCAAAAUUAUUGUCCAAUUUGAC